AUGGUGUUCAUGGGUGUUCGUGGCGUCUGGGCGGCGCUGUGGUGCGUUCUGGUCCUCGCCGCGCGCGUCGACGCCACGUCGCGCGGCUCGCUCGCGCCCGUGACGCACCGCCGUCUCGCCGACGACGAGAGCGCGAAGGCGACGGGGGGCGACGCGAAGGGAUCGUGGAGCGAGUGGAGGUACCGGUCCAACGAAGAGCUAGCGAACGCGAUGGACGCCUUGCACGCCGGGCCGUGCGCCGGGAUUUCGAAGUUGACCACGAUCGGCACGAGCGUGAGGGGCGUGGAGAUGCGCGCCAUGGAGGUGUCCACCCAGCCGGGCGUCGAGCAGACCAAACCCGGGAUCAUGCUCGUCGGCAACAUGCACGGCGACGAGCCCGUGGGACGCGAGCUCAUCAUACGAUUCGCCAGGCUCCUGUGCAUCGCGCACGAGCGGCGGCAGCGAUCGGCGGGGGGCGACGGCACCGGCGAGGGCGAGGGAGGGCUCGACAAGGAUCCGUUGGACGAGGCAUCCGCGAAAUUGCUCGACGAAGCCGCCGUCGUCGCGAGACGCGCGAGGGUGUUCCUCGUGCCGACGAUGAACCCCGACGGCUUCAGCGCCAAGCGCAGGAACAACGCCGCAUCCGUGGACCUGAACCGCGAUUUCCCCGAUCAGUUCAACGAACCCGGGUUGCCGGCAAGGUUCGACGCUCGGCAACCGGAGACGGCGGCGAUGAUGCGAUUCAGCGAGGGCGUCAACGCCACCGCGGCGCUGAACUUUCACGAGGGCGCGCUCGUGGCCAACUACCCGUACGACGCCAUCAGCGGGAGCAACAGGAAGGCUGGAUACUCCAAGUCCCCGGACGACGCCGCGUUCAGGCGCCUGGCGAAGGUUUACGCGCGCGCGCAUCCGACGAUGGCCACCGCCGCCAACGAGGAAUUCCCCGAGGGGAUCACUAACGGCGCGCGGUGGUACCCGCUGUGGGGCGGGAUGCAGGACUGGCACUAUCUCAAGACCCAGACCAUGGACGUCACGGUGGAGGUGAACGAGCGCAAGUGGCCGGACGAGUCGUCGCUGGUACGGCUGUGGACCGAGCACGCCCCGGCGAUGAUCGCGUACGCGACGGCGGUGGCGACCACAUCGACGACGGGAAAAGUGACGGAUUCUCUCACCGGCGAACCCGUGCGUGGCGCCGUCCUCGCCGUCGCGGGCGUCGACGGCGUCCGUUUCACGCCGUCGACGCGCACGGGGUACUACGCGAGGUUCCUGCCGCCGGGGAGGCACGAGGUGACCGCGUCCGCGCCGGGUUAUUAUCCGCAGACGAGGACUGCGGACGCGGGAGCGCGACUCGACAUCUCGCUCCGAAGGAUGGAAGACGCGGCGGACGCGGACGAUGUGGCCGGGGACGGGGAUCACGGGGCGGCGGCGGUGGUAGGUAAUGGGGACGCGCGGCCCGGACCGAACCCGAAGCCGGGAUCGGCGGGUUUUGGCGGCGACACAGCUGGCGGCGCGGUCGUCGGGUUGGGCGGCGGGGACACAGCUGGCGGGGAGCUCGUCCGGGUCGGGGAGCUCGCGGCGGCUGUCGCGGCGGCCGUCGCGUGGUUGGCGUGGAGGUGGCGCAGGCGGAAGAGGGCGAGACUCGCCGCGCUUCGCGAGGGGACGCAGCUCUCCGGCGUCCGGAUCGACGGUUGA